AGAUCUCCCCUCCUCCGCAGCAGUUCCCCUGGCAAGCAUGCCCGCCAGCCUGUCUUUAUUACCCGGCCCGAGCCUCGGGCCUUUCCUGAUAGGCACCGUGGUAUCAGCUAUCUUCUUCGGUGUCCUCUGUCUGCAGUGCUAUAUCUUCCUCAAGCAGUCGGGUGAAAAGCGCAGAAUUCCGCUAGGACGGUCACUCAUCUCAUUAAUAUGGUUCUUAAACGCCCUAAACCUAUUCUCUUCGAUAUGGACCUGCUACCUAUUGAUGGUGACAAAUUUUGGUAAUGUGGAGGGACUGAUAGGCGCGAUACCAUGGAGUGUUACGUCUUUCAUCAUGUGCACUGCAUUGAGCGACUGCGUUGUACAAGGGUACUUCGUCUGGCAUAUCUGGACUCGCUCCGGAAACCGCCAAAUUCUUACUGCCACCCUAGGUUCAUGCGUAAUUAUCACUUGUUGUUUUUUAAUUGCCCUGGGGAGCAAAAUUACUGCUCUCGAGUCAUCGCUCAAUUCCAUGGACUGGUUAUUCUACCUUUCCAUGGGCUUCGACACCAUCACAAACCUGGGCAUCACCACAGUGUUGUCGUUCUACCUGAGUCGGAAGAGGAGAUCGCCUUUGUACCGCUGGGACCAUAUGAUCACCACGCCCGUGAUCUUUAUGUUCCAAACUGGCGUUCUCUGCCUGAUAGAAGUAUUUCUCGUCAUUCUCCUGAGAAGACUUCGCCCGAACGACUUCAUCUAUUGGGGAAUCUGCAUUCCGUAUAGUACUCUGUACGCAACCGUUCUUCUGAGCCUCCUUAAUGGUGGCGUUAUCACAGAAGACGGCCGUAGGAGUAUGAAAUCGGGAUUCGUCUUGCGCCGCUUGAGUAGAUCCGUAGAUCCCAGUGCUGAGCACGACAUCCAUGCCGACAUGCAGCGCGCCAUAGACAUCGGUGCAGACUCGCAGGUCACGACCGAGCUUCCGCUUGCAGUACAUGUUGAGAAAAUUGUGGAGAAGGAGAAGCGCAUGACAGCACUAUGAUAUAUCUGAGACAGUCAAUGGUCGUAUUCUUCAGUGCCGGUGUAGUAUAUAUGUCUCAUACUGCAUGCAUCUGUAUCACAAGUCCGUUGUUAGCUCGGCCCCAAUUCUGAGUCUCGAUGAUAU